ACUUCUUUUCCUUUCUUCCGCUUUGUUUUUUCCAUCCUAAAUCCCUCUUUUUUUUCCUCUCCCUUUCCAUUUCCACUUCCAUUUCAAACUCUGCUAUCUAGCCCUUCCCCUCCCCUCCCAAAAAGACUCUUCCUUUCCCAUAUUAUUCCAAAUGGCUCUAAUGCUUGAUAAUUGCGAAGGCGUUUUGCUCUCUCUAGACUCCCACAAAGCCAUCCCAGCUCCCUUUCUCACUAAAACUUACCAGCUCGUGGACGAUCCCACCACCGACCAUAUUGUCUCAUGGGGCGAAGAUGACACCACCUUCGUCGUUUGGCGCCCUCCUGAAUUCGCCAGAGAUCUCCUCCCCAACUAUUUCAAGCACAACAACUUCUCUAGCUUUGUCCGACAGCUCAACACCUAUGGUUUUAGAAAAAUUGUGCCGGACAGAUGGGAAUUCGCCAACGAGUUCUUCAGAAAAGGAGAGAAACAUUUGUUAUGUGAGAUCCAUCGACGAAAAACCGCUCAGCCUCAAGUCACCGUCAACCAACACCACCAAUCUUAUUCCCCACUCGGUCUCAACGCUGGCUUCUACCAUUACCCCGCUCGAGUCAGCAUCUCACCCUCCGACUCCGACGACAACCCCAAUUGGUGUGACUCGCCGCCGCUCUCCUCCAACAACAACAAUAACAACUUCAACAACUCCGUCACUGCCCUGUCGGAGGACAACGAGCGUCUCCGUCGAAGCAACAACAUGCUGAUGUCAGAAUUAGCCCACAUGAAAAAGCUCUACAACGACAUCAUUUAUUUCGUUCAAAACCACGUCAAACCCGUCGCUCCAAGCAAUUCAUAUCAAUAUUCAACCUCUCUACUUUCCGAUGGCUUCCCGGUCGGACAACGGCAGCCGAAUCACCACCUUCUCGGAUACCAUCCGACAAAUGCAAAACAAGUUUCCGGACAGACCCAUUUCGUGGCCGGCACUCCAAACAAUAAUAAUGGUUCAUCAAAAAGCUUCGUGACAAUUGUAGAAGAGCCAAAAACGAAGCUUUUUGGAGUGUCGCUUCAAUCCAAGAAACGUGUGCAUCCGGAAUAUGGUUCUAAUAAUAUCGUUAAAGAGAACAACAAGGCUCGAUUGGUGCUGGAAAAAGACGAUUUAGGGCUCAAUCUCAUGCCCCCUUCCGCUUGUUAGUUCAUCUUCCUCUUCUCUAAUUCUCCAAUUCCUUCAAUUUACAAAAAAAAAAAAAAAAAAAAAA